GCUGUCCGAGAGUUUUCUGGAUCUCUUUCUCCCAAUUUCUCUGCGAGCCAUGGAAGUGAUGAUCGGGAGCUACCUGGCUUAUGCCUUGGUGGCCCUCAUUGGCCUCUUUCAUGUACGCUUCUACCAGGAAGACCUGUUGAGCGUGGUCCUGGGGGCUUGGAAGAUCGCCAUGAACUCCUGGGAGAAGCUGAAGGCAGAAGCCGCAGCGGCACGAGUGGAUGCCUACAAAGCACGCAUGGACGAGGAGCUCUACAACCUACGUUUUUUGAACCUGGACUUGGCCAGUCGCAUUGCGGCACAAGGACAAAUCAUUUGGAUGUGCUACGCAGCGAAGCAGCUCAUACACCAGCCAAAUCCAGCGUACGUGGUUGAGAUCCUCUGCAUCUCAUGCUUCUACAUGAUCACCAUCUACGUCACUUGGGGCGUGGAGAAGCGCAAGCGCUCGGCCGUUCGACCUGCGGCCAUCUCUGCCUACCUGGUGCUGCUCUUCAAGAUUUGGACGUGCCCCAAUUUAGAGCACUACGCAGUGAGUCAGAUGCACAACAUGGCCCUAGCUUUCACAAUGGCAACGGUGUUUGUUGAUACUUGGCUCACGAUUCCCUUGGGUGUCUGUGUUUUUGGCUUGGACGCCUGGACCUUCUCGUCCAUGGGCGGCGAAAUGACCAGAGAAGCCAUGAGCAGAUAUCUCUACGCUCUUCUGCUCUACGUCAUUGUGGCCUGCUGCGCUGAGCACACUGGCAGAAGGUUCAUCCAGAAGUUGCUGGAUGCCAAUUCCAUGGUGGAAGGCUUCCGCCGGAUGCUGACGGCCAUCAGCGACGGGGACGUCCUGAUCGAUAGUCACUUCCACAUCCACGGGGAGCCGCAGUGCCUGACCGACUUCACUACCGCCGAGCAAAUGUCUGGGACAUCCUUCCUCUCCUUGCUCUCAGACAAGAAGGCCGAGGAGGAGUUUGUGAAGUUUGUGGAGAAGUCCAGCCAGGCCGACAGUUGCCAGAGUGCGCCACCCUGUGUGAGGAUUCAUUUGCGCAGCAAGUAUGGCGCCUCUCGGGGGCUGGAUGUGUGCCACGUGCUGGUGCAGGACCUCUUUGGCUCUGUGGAGCCCUAUCACUUGAUCGUCUUCAAAGAAGAUCCGGAGCAGCGUGAAGAUCCCUCUGCCUCCGCUGACAGCAUUCCCGAGGAGUUGCUGAAGCCCCGCGUCGUGCCCCGAAGCAUCACUGAGGCCUCGGAUGGCACGUGCAUCCUUGAGACCUUUCAAGAGCUUGCAGAGAUGAGUUUCGUCUUAGACGGCAGCACAGAGCAGUUCGACAUUUUGCAAGCGAAGUUAAACUUCGAGCGGCGGACACGAAAGCCCGAUGUGCAUUCGCGAAUGCCUCAUUUGCAGAAGUUUGCACGUCCAGUGGACUGGAACGCCACCUUCACCAGACUACAUCAGUUCAUAUGGCGGUGUUAUGAAGAAAUCUCGCCACCGCCACCUCUUUCUCUUGGAGCCAUGUACCUCAAGCUGCCUGAUGACAACACCAGGACGUAUCUUUAUGCCAAGACGACCACGGUCUCCUUGGAAUCACCUGUCCUUCUUCCUGAAGGAGCACCUGAUGACUAUUUUCCUCCGUUGCGGGUUGUGUUGACCUUCCAAGACUUUGCGCAGGAUCGGAAGGGCUGGAACGUCAACUGGGCCAAAUCCAUGGGUAUGGAUCCUCAACAUCCUGAUGAUGUUUGAGCCUUUAUUGCCUGAGUUGCCGGUGGCCAUUUUGUCGCGUCGAUUCGCUCGACCCUGCGUCAAGCCGGACCCCCUUGCGGGGUCACCAUGAAUCCCAUGAGACAGAGGUCAACGGCCCCAACAUCGGCCAAGGGCCCAGUCGUCUCCGGUUGCGGAA